UGUAUAUUGCAUUUUAUCUGUGGUAAACGUCACUGUCAGAAUUUAGAACACUCAAAAAAUAUAUUUUCUUAAAAAAUUUCAUUAGUUUUCCAAUAAAAUAACUGUAAAACGGCAAGAAAUGCCUAAAAAGUUUGCUACAGAAAAUACUAAAGCCGUUGCAGCGAGAGAAAGAAAAAAAGCUGCGAAAGAAGAAGCUGUCCUGAAAAAAGAGAAGGAAAUUGAAGAUGCUAAAUGGCGAGAUGAUGAUAAACAAAUAGCUAAAAAGCAACAAAAGAAGGAUGCUGAAGAACGUAAAAAGCAAGAACAACUUCAACGCAAAGCUGAGGCCAAAGCAUUAUUAGAAAAGGAAAUGGAUUCUCUUAAGGGAAAUGCAAAAGCACCUCCCCCAGCUAAAGUUACUAGAGCCCAAAUACAGCAUCGCAAGGAAGAACCUGCUAAAAAGAAAGAAGCCGAAAAGAAAGUUGAGACACAUUUAGAUACUCCAUUAGUAGAAAAUAUUAAUAGGCUGCAAAUUGACGGUUAUGAAGCAAGAACUGUUGAUGAAGCUUUACAAGUUUUAGGGGCUACUGCUGAUGAUCAGGAUAAACAUCCAGAAAAGAGAUUAAAGGCUGCUUAUACGGCAUAUGAGGAAAAGAGAUUAAAGGAACUUAAAUUAGAAAAUCCAACACUCAGAUUAUCACAGCUGAAGCAAAUGAUUUUUAAAGAAUGGCAAAAAUCUCCUGAGAACCCACUGAACAAAGUUUAGAGGAUGAAUGUGUGUUAAUUUUGAUAAACAUAUUUAUUUGUAUUUCUGAAAAUGAACGUUAAUAAAUAAAUUUUUAACUUUUUAAAUUUGGAGAUCACAUUUUUAAUGAACUUUAUAUAGGCAUUUGUAAAAAAUUAUUAAGUCACAUAUCUAAGUCACGUUUAAUUAAAAUAUAUUAAUUGAACUCUUAAGCCUUUUUAUGUAGAUAUAUUAACUUAAAAUAAAGAAUGUUUUUAAGUA